GCACCUGCACUCUACAAUCUUCCUUGAGCAAUACAUGUCGAUCUCCGCUCUUUUUGCACCGAUUCUACAAAUGCACAUGCCACAGCGUGACUCACCACGAGAUUGCUGACUGAGUCUCGCCAUACAGCAAGAUGGCGCACGAAGACGAUAGCCACCACGAUGGGAUCGGCUCGGGCGCCUCGACGCCGCCAAACGGCACCGCGACACCACGCCCAGAUGCGCACCAGGACAAGCGACUGCCGGCGCUUCACAGCUACUUCGCUCAGGUUCGUGACUCCUUUUUGAAGGGCAAAAGCACUGCAGAAACCCCCGCACCUGCCUCCUCGAUGGACGAGAAAGAGCAGACUCCGGACGAGAAGACGGCGCCGGCGCAGCAGCAGCAAGAGCACAGCGUCGCAGUGGCCGCCCUGGAGCAAGCGCUCGCAGGUGGUCCUCUGCAGGCUCAGCCACCGACCGCGCCCAGUUCGCCACGGAUUGGCCUGAGUUCACUUAUCGACUCGCCGCCACUGCUCCCACACGAGAAGAAGCACCCGGACCUCCAGACGCAGUCCUCCUACCCUACGCCUCCUCUCUCCAAUUCCUCAUCUUUCCUGCACAUGGCAGACGUCGAGGCGAGCAUCAACGGCAUACUUCCUGAAGCUCCACCGACUCGCAAGCGCUCUUGGGCGCAGCGACAGCAGAGCCUCUCGAACGUGCCGUCUUCGCUACGCCGGAAUACGCUGUCCACUGCGCUCACUAGCAUUGUGACCAAGUCCGCCGCGGCUGCUCACAUCUCCAAUCCCUCAUCUACUUCACACACUGCUCCUGGGAGUCCUUCUGUUGCGCGUCCUCCAUCUCCUCAAAGUCCGAAGCAAGGCGUAGAAAAGGAAAAUCAGGCGCUGACGCAGACUGACCCUCAGAAUACUCCUCCUCAGACACCUCGUUCCCUCUCGCACGUAAGCAGAAGAGACGAUGAAGCGCCGAGCGUCGCACCAAUAAAGACGAGUCGAUCGAGCUCCAACAAUUCGCAUGGCGCUACAAUCGGGCAGCUCAAGGGGCAAUUGGAGAUUGUGGUCGAAGAGGCGAGAGGACUGCGACCAGCAACUGAUCCGUACGUCGUGUGCAUCUUUCAGCUAAACGAGGAUAUCUCAGCUGGUCCGAAGGAAGAUGAGAUGGCUGUGGAUGAUCAAAAGGACCCGGAGGAGAACCUCGCAAAGGGCGUCGCUAUGAAGCGUAUGGGAAGUGGCCAAGGUGCACCGAUGGCCAUCCCAGGCUUGCGAAGUCGACAGACGAGCCAGACGAACAUCGCUGAUCUGCGAAGAGGCUCGCACAACAAGCAGCAUGAGACGACGGAUCCUGUGUGGCGUCACAAGGCCGUGUUUGACGUGGUCGGCGACACCAACGAGGUGGAUGUCUCGGUGUAUGACCGAGCAAACAAUGAGCAGUUCAUCGGACAUGUACGACUGCCUCUGAAUCUCGACGAUUACGAGCAUCAGCAUGAAGACUGGUACAAGCUGCAACCAAGAGAAGGGAUCAAUGAGACGGUCACAGGAGACAUCCAUCUGACAAUUGCUUUCCACGCGGCAGGCAAGAAAACAUUCGGCCCAGAUGACUUUGAGAUCCUCAAGCUCGUUGGCAAGGGCACUUUCGGGCAGGUGUUCCAGGUUCGCAAGCGAGACACGAAGCGUAUAUAUGCCAUGAAGGUCUUGUCGAAGAAGGUUAUCGUGCAAAAGAAGGAGAUUCAGCACACGAUUGGCGAGCGGAAUAUCCUCGUGCGAACCGCGACUACGGAAUCGCCAUUCAUCGUGGGUCUGAAGUUCUCCUUCCAGACCGCGGCCGACUUGUACCUGGUCACCGAUUACAUGUCUGGAGGCGAGCUUUUCUGGCACCUGCAAAAAGAAGGCCGUUUUGUGGAGGAGCGCGCCAAGUUCUACAUCGCCGAACUUAUCCUUGCUCUGCGACACUUGCACCAGCACGAUAUCGUGUACCGCGACUUGAAACCGGAGAACAUCUUGCUCGAUGCGAAUGGGCACAUUGCACUUUGUGACUUUGGACUGUCAAAAGCCAAUCUUGCCAAGAACGAUACCACCAAUACAUUCUGCGGCACUACCGAGUACUUGGCUCCGGAGGUACUUCUUGACGAGCAAGGGUAUACCAAGAUGGUGGAUUUCUGGUCUCUUGGCGUCUUGGUCUUCGAGAUGUGUUGCGGCUGGUCGCCCUUCUACGCCGAGGACACGCAACAAAUGUAUAAGAACAUUGCAUUUGGGAAGGUGCGCUUCCCGAGAGACGCACUUUCUGCAGAGGGUCGCAGCUUUGUGAAGGGACUGCUCAAUCGCAAUCCUGCCCAUCGACUCGGUGCUAGGGGCGAUGCCGAGGAGCUGAUGGCGCAUCCCUUCUUCAGCGACGUGGACUGGAACGCUCUCAGCAAGAAGCUGGUUGCGCCACCAUUCAAGCCGAAAUUGAAGAGCGAGCUCGACACCAGCAAUUUCGAUCCUGAGUUCACUAAUGCUCUGACUGCCGGCGACCAGAACUCGCUCAACGCCAGAGCCGCGGCACUGGCCAGCGGCAUCAACACAGACAGCACACCUCUCAGUCCAACCAUGCAGAACCAGUUCAAGGGCUUCACCUUUGUGGACGAGAGCACCCUCGAGCAGUACAUGGGUGAUCGUGAUGUCAACAUGGGCGACGAUAGCAACCGGCUGUCCAGAACGUUUAGCAACCGUGCUGGCGACAGAAUGAGCGGAAUGGAACCUACAAGCGCCACCAGCGCCGAUGCCGACUUCAACCACGGCAUGCUUGAUGACAUUUAAGCGAGCGAGCGAGCAAACAAACGAGAUAAGCACGAUGAAUCACGAAAUGCAUUCCACAGGCGUCGAAAAAGCAAGUGCUGCGGACGCACGAUGCAUAAGUGUACAUGGCACGCAGUAUACAAUGAGCGUUGCUACUUCCUUUCUCUCCGCAGAUGCCCUCCGACAAUACAGGGCUUCAGACCUUCUGUAAAGAUGUACAGACAUGCGCGCGAGAUACGAUCUGGUCCAAUUACUCACAUCUUACUUCGAAUUAUACCUUUGUCCGUCCGGUCUCUCUCUCUGCAGAGUAAUGCUUGAUUCGGGCGGAUUUUGCAAUGCACAGCGUACACGCAAGGGAGGUUGAUAUGCAUUCAUUGCAGCAUUCGGCAUUGGCGUUCGGUAAUGCGUAAUGGUUUAGGCUUCAGGCACUUUUCUUUUUUUGUGAUCUUUUGCGGUGAAGAGAAUGGAAUGAAUCAAUCAGUCGAUACCCAAUGCGGAGGAGGAGAAGAAGAAGAGGAAGUCGAAUGGGAGGAUGAAACCAUACGUUCGGCAAAGCAGAAUGAGUAGUGGGGGAAGUCUAUGGGAAUUCGUUUGGACAGCGCAUUGUUCAUAUGGUACUUUAGCGCUUUAGCAAGUCAUUGAAUUGAGUGUCAUGUUGAUGCGCG